AUGCCUGUCUUUCCCGCUGCGCUCAAGCCUCAGGCCAGGGCUGCCUACAGAGACAUGCUCAGGUCCGCCCGAGUGACUUUCCAAGGUGACCCUACGCGACACCAGGCGCUCCUCACAGCCCUUCGAGCCACCUUCUCCUCCCCCACUCUCACUCCUCCCCCGUCUGCUUCAGCAGAGGGUUCCCCGGCGAAGGUGCCCAUUGUGCAAGAGGAGAGCAUAGGCAGGGACGAUGUCGCAAGGAGGAUCAACGAGUGGAAAGAUGUGGCCAAGUUUUUGAGGAAGAAUGUUGUGCAGGGUGUCAAGAGUGACGAUGGCGUUUUCAAGCUGAGGGUGCAUGAAGACACCGAACUGGGCGACAACGCCGACAUCAAAAAGCCCGCAGCGCUCCCCACUACCCCCUUCCCCAACAGAAACCGAAGAAGAUGUGGCGAGGCCGCCCCUUCCGAAUAG